AGUGAGAUUGUGAGAAAGAAAAGCUUGUUGGCAAUCAGGAAUUCCAAAAACAAUAAUUUCCACAGUACUCAUCUUCCUGUUUGACCUUGACAUCUUGAUGACUACAAGAAUCAAUGUCUGCUAGAGCAACCAUGCCCAUUUAGACUCCAGUUCCUUGUUCAUUGUUUUUCUAUAAGAAUUCCCAACACCAUGAUUCUCUUCAUUUAACAUGUUGUAUUAGAAUUUUAUUAGAUUUCAGGAGCAAUAAAACUUACCUAGGUCUUACGUGAAUAGCCUACAUAUAAUUAUAGUUCAACAACCGUGUUUUUUUUUUUUUGGACGGAAAGAGUAUGAAUUUUUUAGUAUCGGGAAAGUAAUAUAUAUGUUCACAUUUGUCCAUACGUGUAUAAUUGAUGCUAAUGCGCGCUGGUGGAAACAAAGCCCAACUCUACUGAGCUCACUCUACUUCUGUUCACUCACUCUCACCUAUUGCUUUUUUCAUUCUGCAACUACCACACAAGCUGUAUUACUGUUUUUUUUCGCUUUCAACCCGGACAAAAGAUUCAUAUGUACAAAGAAAAAAAGGAAAGCUGCUUGAAUAUCAGGAAUUUGGGUUUGGGGAAGUGCAGCAAAGGCUUGUGGAUCGCCUCAACAAAGUUCCCUUUCAAAAAGUUGCAUUUUGCUUAGCUAUAAACGGAUAUAUUCUUCAUCAACUAGGCAAAUCGUAUUGGCUCCAUUUUCAGCAGCUGUUGAGAAAAUUAUUGUCAAUGGAGAGAUGUUUUCAAAGUGCAUUGGAUGAUCUUCAUUCAAUAAGCCUGAAAAUCCCCUUUGAGUAUGAAUUUUACUACGAUCUACAUGUGGGAGCCCACUUGAGUCUUAUGAAAACAUAUUAUGCGUUUGGAAGGAAGUUGGGCGAUGGCGUUGGAUCCGAAUCUACUAGUUUUCGUACUUUGGAGGAGACUGUUUACAGUUGUUGUUUGGCAAUUCAUAUUUUUUCUCUCGCAUUGACAGAUGCUAAUGCUGAUGAGAAGUCCUCACAUCAUGGGGAACCAAUUCCUCUCCACGGGUUGGUUGGUAUCUAUCUUUGGGAGAUAAUGAAGUCAAGUUUGGAAGAAAUGAAAGAAUUGAUGCAGAGUCUCCAAGAAGGCUCACUGCAAAUGAAGUCUUCUUCUUGUCCCAUAGAAAUGGGGGAACUCCUGUAUGUGCUGGACUCCCUUAUUCACAGUCUGGGAUGUCUACCCGAUUCCAUGACAGAUAGUAAAACCCUACUUAAAUUCUUUGAAUUCAUGAAGAACUUGAUCCGCUUUGCCCUUUUUCGAGGACUCCAGAAUUGGCAGAUCGAGGACAUGUCGAUUCACGUUCAGCGUUUGGUUGUUGAUGCCGCGACCUUGUAUUUGAAAUCUUUUUGUCAACCUGAAAAACGAGAAAUUGGCAAAAUGAUAGAAAGAUUAAGGCCUGUUGAGCUGCGUGUUUGUGGAAUAUAUGUUAGAGUCUUGGAAGAAGCAUCAAAAUCGCAGUCAUCCAAGCAUGCCAAUCGAGGAAGCGAGUCAAUUAGGUUGGACAUGAUUGAUUCUCUCACCUUUCUUCUUUCAGAAGCAUUAUUACCUCGGGGUACUCGUUACACGGGCAUGUUUGACCAUCAAAUCUAUACACUCUAUGAGGGACUUACAUUCUUGAGAACCACUUUGAAAGGGCACCCUCCAGAUAGGUUUGCCAAGUUAUAUGAUGAGAAAAUGCAUAACAUUAUCGGAGUUUUGUUGUGCGAGGCAGGGCUCAUAGCUUGCUAUCUAUUUCUCAAAAUACAUGACAAUCGCUUGAUCAAACCGCUACAGAAUUUGCUUUCUGAGGUUGAGAGAAAAUUGAAGCUUAUCAGGGAGACAGAAGAAGAGGCAACAAGAUAUCCACUCAAGCCUGCAUCCUGCUUUCCGCAAACCAACUUGUUGAGGUUCAUUGAUUCUGUCCUGGUAAAAAUGGAGUCACUCAAUCUUUAUGAGGCCGCUGACUCAGUGGUCGCUUCAGAGAAGACUACAUUUGUAACAAUCCGUGACGAUCUGGCGUUUCUAAGAUCUUCGGCCGUCAAUUUCAUGGGGCAACGCGAUCAAAAUGAUCAGAAGGUUCAACCUCUCUGGAGCCGCAUAGUUGCGGUAGCCUAUGAAACAGAGUUUGUAAUUGAUUCUCUUGUGGUUGGAGGCGCAAUUCAAAGCUUUGUCGGGAUGAUUAAUCUUAUCAUAGAACAAAUCAAGCUUAUUAAGAUUGAGGCUUCGGAAGUUUCUCCUAGUCUGGGACAGAUCACCAAAGCCAAAAAUUCUGCUAGAAUUCAUAAGUGCUUUCCAUCAACUAGUAAGAUGCCAGAACUCAAUGAGGCAGUGGUGGGCUUGGAUGAUGAGGCACGAAAGAUAAUUGAUCGGCUCACAAGAGGGACGAAACAGCUGGACAUCGUUUCUAUUGUUGGUAUGCCUGGGUUGGGCAAAACAACUUUAGCAAAGAAAGUUUAUCGUCAUCCCUCCAUCGUCCAUUACUUUUGUGUUCGUGUAUGGUGUACUGUUUCUCAAGAAUACGACAAAAGAAGUUUAUUACUUGAGAUUCUGAGUGGUCUUAACGGUGGCUUUGCUGACAGCCAAUCAAAUAAGAGUGACGAUGAUUUGGCCGAUGCAAUUCGCAAACAGUUGAAGGGGAAAUCAUAUCUUGUAAUACUGGAUGAUAUUUGGGAUAUCGAACCGUGGAUUAGUCUAAAAAUGUCAUUUCCUGAUGACAUAAAAGGAAGUAGAAUUCUCCUGACCAGUCGAAACGAGAAUGUCACUUCACAAAUCAAACCACAGAGUCAAUCCCCCCACAGUCUACGUUCGCUUUCCAAGAAGGAGAGCUGGGAAUUAUUCCAAACGAAGAUACGUUUUCGAAAUGGUUGUCCUCCGGAACUAGUUGCACGUGGGAAGGCAAUUGUGCAACGUUGUAAGGGAUUGCCAUUGAUGAUUAUGAUUGUUGUUGGAUUCCUUUCAAACAUGGAAACGAGUAGCGAACUUGGUAGUUUCGCUGAGCCUAACAUGUCAUACCGGUUGCUAAUAAGCUACAAAAGAGAGGAGGAUUUUGCAGAGCCAAUGCAGGUUUUUCAUUAUCUACGCACUUUGUUCACUGUUAUUGAUUAUCAUUAUCCAUUUGAUAAACGACGCUUGUACCAUAUCUUGUACAAGUUUUGCCGGUCCAAACUUGUAAGAGUUUUGGACUUGAGGGGCAUGCAUCACUUCCAUUUCUUCCCAAGUGUAAUUCUACAACUUGGACACUUAAAAUACUUGACCUUGAGAAUUGAAGCUGGGCCAAGUUGUCCUGAAUUCAUCAUCCCGCGGUCAAUUGUGAAUCUGUCAUCUUUGGAGACACUCACUCUUUACUCUGCACAUUUUCACGUCACCAGAGUUUUGCUGCCUGAUACUGUCUGGAAAAUGAAAAACUUAAGGCGUUUGAAAUCUAAAUCAUCGUGUUGGGUAUUGCCAGCAGAUGAUGAUCCCGAAGAUCUCUCCCGUUUAGAGAAUUUACUAAGUUUCUCGGAUGUGGAAUUAUCCAGUUGCCAGGCAACCAAGGAAGUUCUCCGCAAGUUUCCCAAUAUCCGCAGAUUGAAAUGCAAACUCAAACUGCGCAAGGGAGUCUCUGAGAUUGUAGCAUUAGAUUUCUUGAGCCAACUUGAAUCACUGAGCAUCUCUGCUUCCUUUUUCCUAGAAUUCUGUGAUUAUCACUAUCAGUUUCCCCAUAACUUGAAGAAGCUAACCCUUGGAGGAGGACUUGGCCUUCCAUGGAGUAAAAUAUCAAUGAUUGAGAGACUACCGAAUCUUGAGGUUCUCAAACUACGGCACAGAUCCUUCACCGGGGAAAAUUGGGACAUGGAAGAAGAUGGGUCAUCCUUCCCCUGCCUUAGAUUUCUGGAAUUGUCAUGGUUAGAUUUGGCCCGGUGGACAAGCUGCUCGGAAGAUCAUUUUCCUUGUCUCAAGAAAUUAGUGUUGGGUGGAUGCUGGAACUUGCAGGAAUUACCUUCCUUUUUAUCCGAAAUUCCAACCAUUCAAAUGAUUAAGGUGAUUAACUGCAAGAAGAUUGCCACUGAUUCAAUAAAGACAAUUGAAAAAAGACAGAAGGAUUUUGGAAACGUGGAUCUGGACAUCCAAAUACUCCGGUUUUCUUUUGAAUAGAUGUACUUGGGAAAUCAUAUCAGUUGUUUUAUACUCAAUGGCAUUCCACAAAGUGCUGCAAUGAACAGAUUAUUAAAGAUUCGCAACUGAAAUAAUUUCUUACUUCCUCAGAUUUUCUCUACACAUAGAAGCCUUGUGACUCUCAUCAGGUAAUGCCUCUCAAUCAACAUUUUCGAUUGAUAUGCCCUUUCUUGCUUACAUCUCUAUAUAUUUUAUGGUGAUCACUAUGCUUUUUGCAGAGUGGAAAUGCAUGGUUCUUAUUGGUUUCUAUGAUGACUUGAAAACAUAAUAGUAGAUUGAUAACUUUACAAGUGGUGAAGUAGAAUGGGAGAGCACUAUGCUUGGAACAAAAUUUAAUUUAAGAGAUUGACUUGAUCAUUUUCCUUUUCUUGGGCUUUUUUAAUAGGAUGUUCACAUUCUGCUAUCUGGUUUUCAACAAGAUAAUUUUUUUUCCGUUGAAAAUUGAAGAAGUUUAUAUGGUUAGAUACGAGACUAACUUACUUUCCUCUUCCGGUUGGAAAUUUUUUAGCUGCUUGGUUCUGGAAAACGGUUGAUAUGCAGGCUUCAUCAUUAUGAGGUAAAAAUGACCAUUGCUGCCUGCUUUUCGAUAUUUCUGAUGUGUUUGGCACAUCUGAAUUUAUCAUCUUUACUAUCACACACCAAACUAUGUAUCCGAGAUUGUCUUUGAAAACUUUAAAUUGUAAAUUUUAACUGAUUUCUUUUGAAUAUUAUUAGCUGAUUAAGUUUUCAACUUUGUAUUUGAAAUACAUAGCUUGCAUUUGAUUGUAACCUGACAAUGUGACCUGCUACAAGAUUCCCCUGCUGCUCUUUCGUCUACUGUAAUGACCGCUAUCCAGGUUUCUUUUUCUUACAAUUUGAAUCCAUUUUGUAGAAAAGAUUUUGCAAUUUGUUACACGAAACCUUAGCGUUAACUUUUUCUUUUCUUUUAAUAACAUUCGCAGAUUCCUUUUGCUCUUUCGAGAGUAUUCCAUAUGGACAGACUUGGUCAACAUUCUAAAAAUUCUAGAGGUUAGAACAUGUAUAUCAAAUCUGUGUGCUCUUUGGUUACAGUUUUGAUUGUGAAUCUAAACUGGCAUUGGAGUGUUCACAGGUUACUGCGUGCAUUUUAGGUUACAGUUUUUCCUUCGAUAUGAUUGGGGUGUGUUUUUGUUGUUUCUGAAAUACCUUCUCGUCCGCACAGUUCAUGCUAACAAAUAGCAUCCAUUCUUUUGCUACUGAAAAAGAAUGUUUCCUCCUCAGAUGUUCCCUAUAAAAAGCACUACUGCAAGCCUUUUGGCUUUAGACAACUGGUUUAGUUCUUGGAUUGUCGCC